GCAUUUGUAAAAGAAUUAAACGCACAAGGACACUAUCCUUCCAUGAAGCAAAUUUCUUCAACCAUCUCUAAGAAAUGGAAAGAAGAACCUGAAUGGGUGAAGGCACAAUAUUCGAUUAUUUCUUAUGACGCAAAUAAACUACUAAAAGAAAUGAUAAAUGAAUCAUCCGACAAUAAUUCGAUGCAUGAUGAUGAGUUAAAUACCGGCGGCGAAGAUGAUCUUCCGAUCAGACGACUACAAGAAUUCAAUGAUACCCAAAUUGAUAAUUUCGGAUUUUCUGUCUUUCCAGUAUCAGAACUUUAUUCGCAAAUUUUUGAAACUAAUCUGCAUGAGAUUAACAAUCAAAUUAGUGAUCCUUCGACAAUCAUGGAUCCAAAUAAUUAUUCAUUCUUUAAUUAUUCUCAAGCGAUAUCAGCCUUCAUAACCGAAAGUCAAAAUGAUCGAAAUUUUACCGAUUCAGAUCACUAUCAUUUCAAUGAACCAGAGGCCGAACCCGGGUGGUUAUCAUUCGGAUCACCCGCGAGUGGGAUGAAUAUCCGGGUUGCAGUUAUGGUCACCCGAAUUGAUCAACCCGUGGGUCAACCCGUAAAUCAAACUGUUGCUAUAAUAUAA